AGCCCCAGCAGUGCCACCUGUCAGUGUCCAUCUGUGCCAGCUCUCAGUGCUCAUCCAUGGCACCUGUCAGUGCCCAUCAGUGCCACAUUUCAGUGCCCAUCAGUGCCCCAUAUUAGUGCCCAUCUGAGCUGCCUUUCAGUGUCACCCAUCAGUGCCAGUCAAUGCCACCUAUCAAUGCCAGUCAUCAGUGCCGCCUAUCAGUGCGCAUCAGUGCUGCCUAUCAGUGCCCGUCAGUGCUGCCUAUCAGUACCACCUACCAUCAGUGCCACCUAUCAGUGCCAUAUAUGAGUGCUGCAUUUCAGUGCCCAUCAGUGAUGCCU